AUGGUCCCAAAUGAAGACCUUCAGAACCUGGGAAUUGUUGAGUUACUUCUCCAUUUUGGAUGGAAAUGGGUAGGGCUCAUCACUCUGGAUGAUGAAAGCGGGGAGCAUUUCUUGCGGACCAUGGAGCCAAUACUUUCUCAGAACAGAAUCUGCUCAGCCUUCAAAAAAGUGUUUCAAAAAUAUAUCACUUUCGAUAGCGCAGAUGAAAUAAUGACUCAAAUUCUUAAAGAUAUCUCAGAUUUCUUGAACAACAAAGCCAAUGCAAUUGUCAUAUAUGGAGGAUGUGAAUCCAUUAUAGGUUUGCUAAAUGUUCUAAUGUUUAAGCUAUUCGUUCCUGAAACAGCUGCUGAAUAUGAGGAGAUGAGAUCCACAGGGAAAGUGUGGAUAAUGACUGCCCAAGUAGAUAUCUCAUUAAAUCUGUUUCAAAAGAGCUUUGAUAUACAGGCACUUCACGGUGCGCUCUCCUUCGCAAUUCACUCAAAGGAGGUUCUAGGCUUCCAGGAGUUUCUUCAGACUAUCCACCCUUCUGGGGCAAAUGGAGAUGGUUUCAUCAAGGAUUUCUGGGAGCAAGCAUUUGACUGUUCCAUUCCAUAUUCCGAUGUCCCAACAGAUUUAGAUGAACCCUGUACUGGGGAGGAGAGAUUGGAUAGUCUUCCUGCACCUUUUUUUGAAAUGAGCAUGACUGGCCACAGCUACAGUAUCUAUAAUGCUGCGCAUGCUCUGGUGCACACUUUACAUAUCAUGUACUCAUCUAGAUCCAAUCAGAGGAGCAGCUUGAGCCCUCAUCGUGUAGAACCUUGGCAGCUUCACUCUUUGUUUCAGAGGAUCUCAUUCAACAACACUGCUGGAGAUGAAGUUGCAUUCAAUGAGCAUGGAGAAUUAGUAGCUGGAUUUGACAUUACAAACUUGGUCACUUUCCCAAAUAACUCCUAUGUCAAAGUCAAGGUGGGAAGGCUGGAUCCACGGGUACCCCCAGGAAAAAAGUUAACCAUCAAUGAGACGAGAAUCCAGUGGCAUGAAGACUUUAUUCAGGUGCCUCCCUUCUCUCUGUGUAAUGACAAGUGCCUUCCUGGUUCCAGCAAGGAAAAGAAGGAGGGGGAGACAUUUUGCUGCUAUGAGUGUGCUUCAUGUCCAGAAGGGAAGAUUGCAAACCAGCACGACAUGGAUUAUUGUAUCAGCUGCACAGAAGAUCAAUAUCCAAACAAGGGCAGAGAUGACUGCAUCCCCAAGGUUCCUAACUUCCUCUCUUUUGAAGAAUUUUUGGGCAUCACCAUAACUUCUUUGGCUCUUUUCUUUUCCCUGGUCACAGCUCUGGUGCUUGAAGUCUUCAUUAAGGAACGGGACACCCCCAUUGUCAGAGCUAACAACCGAAGCCUCACCUACAGUCUCUUGAUCUCUCUCCUUCUAUGUUUCCUCUGCUCCAUUCUAUUUAUUGGACAGCCCAAGAAAGUGACCUGCCUCCUACGACAAACAGCAUUUGGCAUCAUCUUCUCUGUUGCCGUGUCCUCUGUUUUGGCCAAGACCAUUACAGUGGUUGUAGCUUUCAUGGCCUCCAAGCCAGGAAACAUUUAUCGCAAAUGGGUGGGGAAAAGAUUGGCACAUUCUAUUGUCUUGUCCUGCUCCCUCCUUCAGUUCGGCAUCUGUGCUAUUUGGUUAGCUACUUCACCCCCAUAUCCAGAUCGGGACAUGCACUCAAUGACUGAAGAAAUUGUAUUGUUAUGUAACGAAGGCUCAGUCCUCAUGUUUUACUGUGUCUUGGGCUACAUGGGCUUUCUGGCCAUAGUCAGCCUCACUGUGGCUUUCCUAGCUCGCAAAUUACCAGACAGUUUCAAUGAAGCCAAGUUCAUCACCUUCAGCAUGUUGAUCUUUUGCAGUGUCUGGCUAUCCUUUGUUCCAAGCUACCUGAGCACCAAGGGGAAAUAUAUGGUGGCUGUGGAGAUCUUCUCCAUUUUGUCCUCCAGUGCUGGGUUACUGGCAUGCAUCUUUUCUCCUAAAUGCUAUGUUAUACUGCUGAGACCUGCACUGAACAGCAGAGAGCAGUUGAACUGGAGAAAGCAUUAA